CCCCUUCUCUCCCGAAGCCCAGCUGUCAGUGCUGUGUGAGUGCGCGUGUGCUCCGGAGCUCGUCUCGGCACACGUUAUAUAAAAAAUAAAAAAAAAUACAAAAAAAAUUAAAAACUUUUAAAAAUUCCAAAAAAUCCUUUUUUUUUCUUUUUAAAAUAAAAAUCGGUGAAGUGGGAUCAGGAGGCCUUGAAACAUCUCAACAAUCCUGAAAAAAAUAACGUUAGUCUGUGAGUUCGCGAAGGCCUGGCGAUUUGAUCGAUUCAUAGUUUUGGAUUUUAAGUGUUACGUGUUUUAAAAUUUCAGUUACCCUAAUUAUUUUUCAUUUUAAACGAAGCGCGGAGUCUUUUAGUUGACGGUUGGCAGUUUAAAAAAAUUGGCCUGUGUGUGUUAGCCUGACAGCUAACUGUAUAACACGUGAAGAUCUGCGAGCCGAGGAGAAAAUGAACCCCAGCGCGCCCAGUUACCCGAUGGCCUCACUGUAUGUGGGAGACCUGCACCAGGACGUGACUGAAGCCAUGCUCUACGAGAAGUUUAGCCCGGCCGGUGCCAUCCUCUCCAUCCGGGUGUGCAGGGACAUGAUCACGCGCAGGUCGCUCGGAUAUGCCUACGUCAACUUCCAGCAACCCGCGGACGCUGAACGCGCUCUAGACACGAUGAACUUUGACGUGAUCAAGGGUAGACCUGUCCGCAUCAUGUGGUCUCAACGCGACCCCUCGCUGAGGAAGAGCGGCGUUGGAAACAUCUUCAUCAAGAACCUGGAUAAGUCUAUUGAUAAUAAAGCACUUUAUGACACCUUCUCUGCCUUUGGCAACAUCCUGUCCUGCAAGGUGGUUUGUGACGAGAAUGGCUCAAAGGGCUACGGUUUUGUGCACUUUGAGACGCAGGAGGCCGCCGAAAGAGCCAUUGAGAAAAUGAACGGCAUGUUGCUGAAUGACAGAAAAGUGUUUGUAGGGCGCUUCAAAUCUCGCAAGGAGAGGGAGGCUGAGCUCGGCGCAAGAGCCAAAGAAUUUACCAAUGUGUACAUCAAAAACUUCGGGGAAGAUAUGGAUGAUGACAAACUCAAGGACGUCUUCAGCAAAUAUGGUACUGCUAUGAGCAUCCGUGUCAUGACUGAUGAAAAUGGAAAGUCCAGAGGAUUUGGAUUCGUGAGUUUUGAGAGGCACGAAGACGCCCAAAGGGCUGUGGAUGAAAUGAACGGCAAAGAACUCAACGGGAAGCUCAUCUAUGUGGGUCGUGCUCAGAAGAAAGUGGAGCGGCAAACUGAGCUCAAGCGCAAAUUUGAACAGAUGAAGCAGGACCGCAUGACUCGCUACCAGGGUGUCAAUCUCUACGUGAAGAACUUGGACGAUGGCAUCGAUGAUGAGCAUCUUCGUAAAGAGUUCUCUCCCUUCGGUACAAUCACCAGUGCCAAGGUCAUGAUGGACGGCGGUCGCAGUAAAGGCUUCGGGUUUGUCUGUUUCUCUUCCCCUGAGGAAGCCACUAAAGCCGUGACUGAGAUGAACGGCCGUAUUGUGGCCACUAAGCCUCUGUAUGUGGCUCUUGCUCAGCGCAAAGAGGAACGGCAGGCCCAUCUCACCAACCAGUACAUGCAGAGGAUGGCCAGUGUCCGCGCAGUGCCAAACCCCGUGAUCAACCCCUACCAGCCUGCACCUCCAUCAGGAUACUUCAUGGCUGCCAUUCCACAGGCCCAGAACAGAGCUGCGUAUUACCCUGCCAGUCAGCUCACCCAGCUCAGACCCAGUCCCCGCUGGACCACACAGGGCGUCCGGCCUCAGCACUUCCAGAACAUGCCAGGCACGAUGCGCCCAUCUGCCCCCAGACCUCAGAGCUUCAGCACCAUGCGUCCUGCGUCUCAGGUGCCCCGGAUGAUGUCCACGCAGCGUGUUGCUGCUCAGACCAUGGGUCCACGGCCCACAGCGGCUGCGGCUGCGGCUGCGGCUUCUGCUCCUCCAGUGCGAGGCGUACCACAGUACAAAUACACCCCCAGUGUCCGCAGCCCCCAGCAGCACAUGAACACACAGCCUCAGGUGACCAUGCAGCAGCCUGCUGUGCAUGUGCAAGGACAGGAACCGCUGACGGCCUCCAUGCUCGCCGCUGCUCUGCCCCAGGAACAGAAGCAGAUGCUGGGUGAGCGUCUCUUCCCACUUAUCCAGAACAUGCAUCCCAGUCUGGCUGGCAAGAUCACCGGUAUGCUGCUGGAAAUCGACAACUCGGAGCUCCUCCACAUGCUGGAGUCUCCAGAGUCUCUGCGCUCCAAGGUCGAUGAGGCGGUGGCCGUACUCCAGGCUCACCAGGCUAAAGAAGCCGCUCAGAAGACCGUGACCAACUCUUCUGGCGUGCCGAGCGUCUAAGCCAAGGGGGACCCAACCUUGAGUCUUCACCGAGAGGAAAAAAAUCUCUUUCGGUGGGGAUGCCAGUGGUUAUGUUUUAAGUUCCUGUUCUCAGACUAGACUGAAAUGGAAGAUUCGGUCUCGUAGCGCUCUGCUUUCACAGACUGUGUGUGAUUACUGGGUAGAACAAGGGUCAGGAAUGUUGGAAUGGAGGAGGAAGACGCAUGCCAGAAAAGGAGUGGAAUUGCACAAAAAAGGAGAACAAAAACUGCAUGGCUGACAAACUAUUGUGAGCAAAGAUCUGAAAAGUUUCUUUUUUUAUUGGGGUGUUUAUAAAGAAAUGAGACGAGACGUUGGUAUCGUUUUAAUAAGUGGAACCCUAUUGUUUUACAGUUCUGUUGUAAAGAAUAAAGCGAGGACAUGAAGUAAUUGUGAUGGGACAGCAGAACAAUCCUGGUCGAACUUGAACCCACAUUUCUUUUGAGUGUUUGCGCACUCAUUUUUUCCUUCAUUAGUAGCACAUUUGAAGUUGUUACGAGUGUCAUGGGGAUUUUCCAAUAAGUAGGGAAACAGAAACGGUGUAAAGAGCAAUUGCUGAGCUCAAGUGUAUAUGUCCAAUAGGGCAUAGGGCGAGUAAGUGCACACUGUUUCUAAUUCCUCUCAACUCUGCCCCAACAUUAAUUUCAGAAGUAUUUCAUUGAGAUGCAAGAAUAUGAAGAAUUGUUUACAUAGUUUAAAGGUGUAGGUAAUCAUCAGGUUGAAUAGAAAGAACAUAGACAUCCUACAAAAGUGCACUUCACCUUAUUUUGGUGAUCUUUUUUUUUCUCUCCUCCUCUAUGGUGUACUUGUGUAACAAUUAUCAAUAAGAUCCCAUUAGUUAACGCGUUACCUAACUUUGAUUUAGCCAAAAUCCUCCCUAUUGUUUUUCAAAACUAGCCCAAUUGUGUUUCGAGGGGGUCCCCCAAUAAAAAUUGCGUUCGAUAAAAUAGUUUUUGGCUGGGAUCACCUGGUAAAAUGUGCAUUUUAGGGGCUAAAUAUCAGUUAUUAAGGUCGCUUCAACUCACGGAAACUGUGUUAAAGGUGCUGUAUGUAUGUUUUUGACUCUACUAAAGUAUAAAAAUACCAUAAUAUGUUUGCAGCUAUUUAAGAAACAUACUAAGCUAACAUCUUAGUUUAUCUGAAAAACAAUGCUACAGUCAGUUAUUCUGCUUUGAAAAUGUGCGUUCAGGGCCGGAAUGUCAAUCUUUGUUUUAGUUUGUGAAGCCCGCCCACUGUCAGUUUACCCAAUUGUAUCUCGGCACCCCGGGUUGUCAGUUUAUGCGAAACACGAUAUUUCAUUUCAGUCAUGGAAACUGGCAAAAUAAAAAGUGGCAACCUGUAUGUGUGUCAAGUCUGAGGAGGAGGGGCCAAGUAAAAAAACCCCUCUCCAAUAUUUUGAAUUUGGACUGCAAUACCUAGUCCAACCACUCGGUGUCAUUCCUACAUUCAACACCCAAUUCCGCGGGAAAGCCAUGGACUUGGCAACACUGCCUAACAUUAACCAUCAAUGAGCAUUACACAUUAUAGUAUUUUUGCAUCUUUGUUCACUGUUAGUUCAUGUUAGCUCAGCUCCAUUAAAUAAUAAUAGAAACAACUUUUAUGUGAAUUAGUAUGAGUCUUAUUAUUAAUCAGACUCUUAAAGGGCAAGUUUGGUAACCUGUGAUGCUUUAUCAGGAUUCACUUUGUGUUUGAUGUGACCUGUUUCAAAACGAGCAGGUGUUGAAACAUCGGUGCUCAGUUCUUCAGUGUGUCGAGAUAUGUUAACACUUUCUAGUGUACACUGGUAUUCAGACCUCAACAUUUUUGUUUCCACUUUUAAGGACGAGGACAUCACAUGCCUGUCCCAUGCUAAGUGAUAAUACAUUAUCUCUCUCUUUUUUUUUGGCAUUGUGAAAUUAUAUCAUUUUUAUACAGAAUUGGACUGAAAUCACACGUGUACACUGUGCAGUAUGCAGUUCACUAGUACGUCACUGGAAGGAGAACUGAUGUGAGUCACAAACACUGAUAAACACCUCUGAUGACUAUUUUCUCCCUGGCUGAAACAUUUAAUCCCCUUUCAUCAACGUGCAUGGGCUGUGAUCCUCACAGGUGUAUGAGCAAUGACAGAAACUGAGUCACAGCAUGAAGUCACAAAACUCAGUGCUGCUGUUUGUUUGUCUAGACUGUGAAAUUGCAGGGUUUGGAGGCAUUGAUUCCUCGAGAUUGUUCUGUAGUGCCUUCAGCAGGUACGCAGUGUUACUAUGAAGUUGCCUAGAUGAUCUAAGUGGCUUUUAAUGUGUUGCUAUCCAGUUGCUAGUGUGUCCUUGGUAAUUGUUAGUGUGUUACAUAGUGAUUGUGAGAAUGUUCUGGGUAUGCUGACCUUAUCAAGGGAUAAUAAUAAUAAAAGAUAAUAAUUUAUUCCCCCUCUUGUCUUUGCAAACCUUACUUUCUUCUGCGGACCAUGAAAUAUCUCAUUUUUGUCCAUCAGUGAUGCAUUUCUGAAAAUAUCUUCUUUUAUCUUCCACAAAAGAAAGUAAGUCACACAUGUUUGGAAAGGCAUGAUGGCAGAAUGUUCAUUUUAGUGUGAACUGUCCCUUUAAGAUCAAUAGUUCCACUCUUUAUGAUCAGUUUUCCACUUGAAAAUAUUGUUCCUGGAAUGGAAUAUGUUUUCUUGGCUUAGGUCUCAAAGUAACCUAAAAGUGAUCAAGAGUCGUCUGAAUACAUAAGCUAUGUGUGGUCCAACUAUAUACUAUAAUAUAACACUGCAAAUGACAUGGUGCUUUAGGUUUGGACUCUGAGGAGUGUUAGUAUAGUUGCUUAUAUACUGUCCCAAGUAAACACAGCUGUUAUUCACAGCACAGAACUGAAAACAUGUGUUCAGUUGCUGGUUUGUCUCCAUAAAUCUGGGCACAACAGAGCGCAUGUCUGUAUCUACCUGGCCACACUGUUUGCUCUUAACGUCUCUCUCAGCCUUUACAAUCUCUCACUGAUUUCCCUCCAGCCAGGUGAACAUAACAGCUGUUCCCUGAAACGCCUCGGGCAUCUGAACGCUCAGCUGCUGCCCAUGAAACACUGAUAUAACGUGAGCACUGACUCACCGUCUAGCAAAAUGAAUGCCUUCAGUCUGCUUUUACAUCUACGCUACCGUAAUGAUGCAAGGAAGUGAAAAGUGUGCUUAAUUGAAUUCUAUGUCCACUUAAAGUGUACUUCAGCACUUAAAAGUAUAUGAAUUAUAUAUAAUAAACUGUACUUGCGGAUAAUAAAUAUUAAUAAAACGCCACUUGUGUAGCCAA